AUGGAUUCUCUUUUCGUGCAGUGUCCCUCCAAUAAGCUCAUCUGCUCCAUCUGCAAGGACUAUUUCACAGACCCCAUCACCAUCAUCUGUGGACACAGCUUUUGUACUCCCUGUCUCUGCCUUUUGUGGGAAAAUACCCAGACUCUCACUUACUGUCCUGUGUGCAGGACAAUAUCGCCACGAAUGGACUUCAAAAGCACAAUUUUUGUUAAGAGACAAGUUCAUCUUCCUGGAGAGUCAGUUGUCUGCCAGUUCCCAAGCUCUGCCGAGCAGAUCUGUAAAACACACCAAGCAAUAAAAAACCUCUUCUGUCACAUGGACAGGAGCCUGCUGUGUUCAUUCUGCUCUCACUCCCUAGGGCAUGCCACUCACAGGCACUGUCCAGCAAAGCAGGCUGCUCAGCACUACAGGGAGAGUAUUCUGAUGCAAAUGAAGUGUAUUUGGAAAACUAAACAGAAAAAUCAGAAAAAUCUAAACGAAGAGACCAACAUAUUGAGAAUAUGGGAGGGUUUUGUAAAUCUACGGAUGGUGAUGAUCAGGGCUGAAUAUCCUAAGGUGUAUCAAUACCUCCAUGAAGAAUUGGAAGAACAGUUAGAGAGGCUGGCAAAUGAAGGCAGGAUAAUUUUUCAGCGACUCAGGAGCAAUGUAACCAGAAUGGUUCAUAUGGGGAAACUCCUGAGAAGAAUAUAUGAGGAGCUGAAGAAACUAAGUCAUAAAUCAGACGUGGAUCUGCUCCAGGAAGUGGGUCUUUCUCUUUGCAGAGGUCAGUUAGUGCAGUUCUACAUGCCCCAGCCUGUGGACCCACAGCUCACUGCAUGGACCAUCACUGGGAUGUCGGAAAGGCUUAACAACUUCCGAGUGUAUAUUACCUUGGACCAUAAGAUAAGCAAGUAUGACGUGCUUCUGUUUGAAGAACUGAGACAUUUGCAGUGCAGUCUGGAUCAUCAAGACUCACCCCGUAAUCCAGCAAGCUCAGAGUAUAUUCCUUCGUGGGGAGCACAGACCUUCACAUCUGGCAAACAUUACUGGGAGGUGGAUGUGGGAAGCUCCUGUAAUUGGAUUAUAGGGCUUUGCAAGGAAUCCUGGGCAAAUAGGAAUGAUAUGCUCCUUAACUCUGAGGGUCUCUUUCUACUUCUAUGUGUCAAAGUGGAUGACCACGUCAAUCUCUUCUCUACCUCCCCACUAAUACGCCAAUAUAUUCAAAGACCUCAGGGCUGGGUAGGGGUAUUUCUAGACUAUGAAUUUGGUGUAGUAAGCUUUGUUAAUAUUGCCAAAAGUUCCCUCAUCUGUAAUUUCCUCUCAUGCUCCUUCUCUUUUCCUCUCAAACCUUUCAUUUGCUUUGGACCCAAAUGA